GUGUAACUGUUAAACUGCACAUAUACAGUACAAGCUGACCCCAGUUCUUUUUAAGUAGAAAAAAGGGACAUAUAUCAGGGCUUAUUAUAUUUAAAGGCAAAACAUCAACAACGAACCUGACUUGAACAGAGCAUUACUAAUUCAUUAGCGACACUCUGCUAAACACACACACACACAUAUAUAUAUAUAUAUAUAUAUAUAUAUAUAUAUAAAUAUAUAUAUACAUAUAUAUAUACACACACAUACUCUUUUCAUCUUGAGAUCAAUAGUUUCUGCAAGAUUCCCUCUGAGACGACAAUAACAACAACAACAACAAUAUGAAUUUGAAGAAGUACAACAUAAGCUGCUUGGCUCUUCUCUGGCUCUACAUCUGCUGUUACUACAGCUGUUGCUGUUAUGCUGAUGGUGUCAAUGUUACUGUCCAGCCAGAACAGGCUGAUAACAUCAGCAUCACGCUGAGUCCAACAAAAGCGAAACAGAUGGCAGCAGUGGUGGGACAAAAAAAGGAAAAAGUGUCACAUGACAUCUAUAUCCAAGAUGGUAAGAGUGGGGAAUCUGCUGCUGCUGUAGCUCAUAUCGAGGGCACUGAGUCACCAAACCAAACAAAUGAAUUAACCAGCAGUAAAAGUUACGUCACUAACCAGCGAGAGAAUUCUGCAAGUGUUCUUGUAUUGAAUAUGGUGUUUGCUCUCUGUAGCAUUUGUGUAACUUUGGCAGCAGUUUUCCCACCAAAAUUCCUAUAAAUCUUACUAAUUCAACAAAGGGAGAUAAUGAAGUUGUAUCACUGAUCAGACUUUGUAGCUGACAUCCAGUCAAAUCCAUUUGUGUCGGUCUCUCAUUUGCAGCCUGUCUCUCAUCUCUUGUUUGUCUUUUACAACUUUUCUUGUCUUUUUCCCAAUUCCACUUCCCUUAUUCUUCCUCUGCUCUACUUUACUUUUUCUUUCUUCAAUUUGUUUUGUUCUGACAUACAAGCUGUCCAUUAAUUACCUUUAUACUUUAAAGAAUUCAGAAAAAAAAGGUAAACUCAGCAGAAUUUAUGGCAAAACAUAGGUAAACAAAGAAAAUCCAGAACACUUCCAAUAGGAUCCAGUGGUUGCAUGCAACACAUCUAGACAAUGCUCAAUUGCUGACCAAGUGCAUUGGAGCAUCCCUUCAUCAAUGUUGGAUAUGGUUUGGCACAUUUUCUCUUUCAGAUCAUUGAGGUCUUGAACUUUUGUGCAAUAUACUCUAUCUUUAAUGUAGCCCCAUAUAAAGGAGUCUAGAGGGGUUAUAUCUGAUACCUUAGGUGACCAGAGAACUGGACCACCUCUCCCAUUGUGCUGGUGGGGGGAAGCUUCUUUAAAAAUGCUCUCAAACACUCAAUCCCCAAUGGAACAGUGCACCAUAUUGUUGGAAAAUAACUGUUGGUUGUAAGUGGUGCAACUUCAGUACAACAAUUUCUUUUAAGUGUUGUAAAUAUUUGUUUCUUCUGCUAAGAAAAAUGGGCCAAUCACUCAGCCUAACAAAAGGCCGCACCAGACAUUGACUGCUGGAUUGUUUCUUUCCAGUUCUCCAGAUGCUGUGCUUAUUUAUCAUUCCUGAUACAUGAAAUGUUGCUUUCUCACCGGAACAAAUCUUUCAAAGGAAGCCUCCAUCUUUAUCUAAUCAAGUUAUCAUGUCCACUGCAAAUUGUAUCCUUUGGGGUUUGUCAUCUGGCUGUAGUGCUCACAAAAGUUGUACUUUAUAAGCAUAAAACCCUCAUUUUCUUGUGCAAAACUGUAAAGUUUUGACUGUAGUAAACUUAAUUGUCUACAUGCAGCAUGAAUGGGCUUCGAUGAAAUUCACUCAACAUCUUCCACAGAUGUCCUCCAUCACCCAGCCCCCAGCCCCCCCCCUUUUUUUUUGUAAGACACUUCUGUUUCCAUAAACCUUUUAUGCCAGGCAUAAAUGCCUACAUGAGUUACUGGUUCUUUUCCAUUCUUUGUACGGUAAUUCCACUGUACUUGAAUGUCUGGAUACACAUUGUGCUCUCUCUUGUGUUGUCAAUUUCAUUAAAAGUCAGGGAUUAUAAUAAAUACAUUUAAAGAUAAAUCAAAGUGAUUUAGAUAUCAAAACACAGUACAUAAAUUAAAAUUUUAAUAAUAUUUAUUUACACCAUAGAAAGAAGCUCAUUGAUAGAUCUCAACUUUAAUAGAUAUGAUAAAUUGUGGAAGUCAUAAAGAUAAUUUAUGGACACCUUGUAAGUGUGUGUUUGUGAGUGUGUGUGUAAACAUGUAGCCAUCUAAGAAUAGUCAUUUUUUUUCUCCAUAUACCUUCCAAUGCUGGUAAGCACAGUUAUUAGAUAAUCAUCUGAUUACCUUGCCUGGUAGCCUGUGCAGAACUGUUUGGUAAGUAAGAUUGGUUGUAAUGUAUACUUUGAUUAAGAUAUAUAUAUAUAUAUAUAUAUAUAUAUUACUGAGAGUGAAUUCAAAGUUUUGGCCUGAUGAGCCAUCUGUGAUGAGCCAUCUGUGAUGAGCCUGAAACUUCAAAGUUACUGUCAAUACUAUUCUUGUUAAAAAAUAAUAAAUAGGUACCCUACAAAAAGUAAUGAAAAAGUGAUUUUAUUACAACUUGACAUAAAGACCAACAUUACAACACACACACAAGGUCCUUAAUGAAAUUGUGGUUGUGUGAUGAAAAUAUUGUGACACCUCAUGAAAUAUAUUAGAGAUAAAUCGAAUGGUUUUUUUGUGUCAUUAAAUGGUUAAAAUGUCUCAUUCCUAACACUAUAAUUAUAAAAAUUUCAUUACAUAAACCUAAAAUGGUAAAAGCAUCAUGAUGUUCACCAUUUGAAGAAUGCUGCUAAGAGAGACAAAUUUGCAACUUCUGUUUCCUCCUUCAACCUUAUUUUGACUAACCUUCUCUGAUUGAUAUCCCGGUGCUAGUCCCGAAAGAAUCAAUCAAUAUACCUGAUUGACAUUGUUUUGACUGUGUGUAAGCCCCUUUUUCUGUUCUACAUGAUUUCAGUCUACUUCUUUCUGAUCCCCUCAAAUCAUUACAGCUGCCUUCUGGCUUUGUUUCAUAAGAAAACUUUUCAUUUUCUCUGUAUGUUCAUAUAUGCAUGAUAAUGUGUAUGUAUCUAUAUGUGAGUGAAUGUAUGUGUCUGUUUUAAUGUUACUGUAUGUAUAUAUAUAACUAUGCAAAUAUAUGUACACAUGCAUAUUUGUGUGUAUGUAUGUAUAUACAUAUAAAUACAUAUAUAUAUACAUACACAUAUAUAUAUACACACACAUACAUAUAUAGGCACUCCCGCACGCACACUCAAAAUUACUAUCAAUAUAUAUUUACAUAGACAUAUAUAACAUAAAUGCAUAAAUUUUAUAUAUAGUUUUUACUUUGUGUUCAACAGCUGUUUUAUUAAGAUAAACAUCAUUAAUUCCAUAAUUGCAAAAAUGUAAUACAUAAUAUUAUUUAAUUUAAAUAAAUUAAUGAUGUAACAUAAUUAUGCAAUUAACAUUUUAUGGUGUUUAUCUUUAUGAAAUAGCUGUUGAGAGGAACCAAUAAUCAAAUGUGUGCAUGUAUGUAUGAUUGUGUGUGUAUAUAUGUUUGUAUAUGUGUGUAUUUUUUAAAUCAUUAAAUUUAUAAUUGUAACAGUGAAUUGUGACUUGAUUCUUUUUGUGUAAAAGUGAACAGUUUGAAUCUCUGGUUGUUUUGCUCUUGCAGACAUCGUUAUGCUAACCAGCUUUGACACAGAAUACACACACAAACACACACACACACACACAACACAUACAUAUAUAUAUAUACACACACACAACACAUACAUAUAUAUAUACACACACACAUGUAUUGUGUUGAGCUAAACAUUUUUCAAUAUUUUGAUAACUUAUUUGCUUCAUUCAUUUAGUUACAACAGAAGAAACCUAGCAUUCAUAAUAGAGGCUAUCGUGUUGCACUGUCUAAAGCCACCUUUCUGCCAGUUCUUUGAUCUCAUUUUGAUAUCAGUUCUUGCCCUUUGAGGCAAAGAACUCCUUCACCAAGGAAGCGAGCUAUGGAUAGGAACAAGUAAUAAUCUAAGGGAGCUAGGUCUGAACUGUAUGUUGAGUGUGGCAUCAAUUCAAUUCCCUCAUAUUCUUGCAGUUUAUUCUGGGUCAUUUGAGUGGAUGAGGUCUUGUGCUGUCUUGCUGCAGAAGAGCCUUCUGUCUGUUAGCCAAUGGCAGAUAUUUUUGCCACACAAUGGCAUACAUCCAUGAGAUCCUGAACUUGCCUGAUACUUUCUGAGUGCUACUCACUGGAUUUUCUUCUAUGGCUUGGAGCACAGCCUUAGAAUUCACAAUUUUAGGCCCACCUUGCAACACAAGGGAAAUUUCUCGAACCAUCUGGUUACUGUACUGUGGUCAACUGCUCCUUCACCUUUUACACAACAAAUGCUUUUGGUUGCUUCUGCAACAUUAUGACCCAGUUUGAACUCAUAAAAUACAUGCUCUUGAAUUGGACUGCAUUGCAAAUUCAUCUGUGUGGUUUUUCAAAUCACAUACAGCAUAAAGCAAUGCAUAACAUGGCAGUGCACCAACUAUUAUGAUACUACCACCCUCAGCAGGUAUCUUCUAUGGCUUGAACUGCUACGGUCAUGUGAUAUGCAUGCCACAAACUAGCUUGAAUGCAAAUAUGGCAAAACUUUUGACUUGCCUUGAUAAUAUAUAUAUAUAUGCAAUAUAUGAUGAUGAUGAUAUAUGUAUAUGUAUAUAUGUAAUUUUUUCUUUAUUUGUGGCAACCAACAGUUUUAUGUGAAAAGAUCUUCACAAUUUUUCAAGUGUACCACAUAGAAGUGUUAGUAUUUGUCUCCAUUUUGGGUAGAUGAGCACCAGCACUUCCAUGUGGUUCACUUGAACAAUUGUGAAGAUUUCUGCACAUGAAAUCAUUAGUUGUCUCAUUUAACCACAAAUAAAGAAUAUUUAUUCAUCAAUGCAGUGUUGAGUACUCAUUUUCACUGUUCGGUAUUAACAUGCAUACCUGGACACACAAGCUUAUUCAGACAGCUUAUACAUUACUGAUUUUGUCCAUUUUAUUCAUAUAUUGUGUGCAUAAAGUUGAUUCUGCAUUUGGUAUGCAUGGAGCAAAUUGCUUGUACAACACAAUUUGUAGCUAUAUACAGUAAAUGCAAAGUUUGGCAGUGUAUGAAAAUGUAUAACAAAGUGUAUGUGUAUGUAUAUACAUGUGAGUAUAUAUAUAUAUAAGCAUAGAUAUAUGCACACACACAUAUGCAUAUAUAUAAAUACACACACACACACAUGUAGCUGAAGUAACCAGAAGGAAGCUGUUUGACUGAUACAUAAUAUGAUCAUUUUUUCUUUUAUCUUUAUCUCUCUCUCUCUCUCUCUAUCUCUCUCUCUCUCACUCUGUCUGUCUGUCUCUCUUUCUCUCUCUAAAUGUUGUCUAAUGUUUAUUUUUAAAUAUUUAAUAUCCACCAUCAUUCUGCAAACCAUAUGAGAUGGGGGUAGGACUUUGUAAGUGUUGAGAUGUGCCACUUGUACAAGACAUCUGUUGUAAUUGACCUAGAAUUUUUUCAAUUGUCUUAAGAGACAACUGAGAACUUUAAUAAUUGAGGCUGACACCUGAAGGCUAAAAGGUUUGCCUUGCAAGACACAGAAAAUUUCUCAGCUGAAGCCGGUCAUUUUGUAAGUGUAUGCAUGCAUGUGUAUGUGUCGUAGGCAGGUGUCCUCUCCUCUCUGUUGCUCUCUUCGUUAUUCUUCUCUUCUAGAUAGUUUGUUUUUGCUGUGGGUGCAGUGGUUACAUCACGCUGCAUCUUAUAGCAAUAUUACAUUCAUUUGGGAUUACCUACACUCAUGGUGAUUGAAUAACUGUUGAUAGUGGUUGGGUGAUUUUUGAGAACCUGUGCUCAUUAGUUCUUGCAUUUUGCAAUGGGAAGCAGAGAUGAGACAUCUAUCCCAGGAUAAGAUUCUAAUCUAUCACAGUCAGACAAAUUGAGGUGAGCAGAAUAUAAUAUCAAAUACCUCACCCCAAAAAUACAAUGAAACACCUCCCCAAAGAGGUAUUAACUCACAAACUAUGAGGUGCUUUGUCUGAUACCCCACCCACUGAGCUAUUCCAACUUUAAUUAUUAUAUUUAUUUUAAUGAAAAAAAAAAAAAAGUAAACAAUUGCAGCAUGGAAGGUCAAAACAUACAAAUAAACAAAUUCCGAUAUGAUUAUCUUUGUGCAUCAGUGUCUAUAACUAAUUAUUGUGAAUCAAUUUCUGAAAAUAAAGUUUGAUUUUUUAACAAUCAA